CACAACCCAGUUCACGAAUUUUUCCAAAUUCUAUUAAUUUCUCCUUUUCUUUGUGAACGAAAAUGCCCUUGAAUGUAACCGAUAUUCCGCUUUGUUCACCGGGGUAGUACUUAGAAGUUACAAAAAUAGGAUUAAUAAAAGCUCCCGCAAUAUUCAUUCGAAAUAGGUGUUAGACCCGCCAAGGAGAACAAUGGAGGUUGUGUUAGAAGCGCUGAUUCGAAGAGGUUGGUGUUUCAGAGAUGUCGAAGAAGUAAAAGGUCUGAUUCAAAUUAAUAUUGCUUUAUCAGGUGAACUGGGUUCUGUUGAUUCCGUUGAAUCAGAGCUUCUAAACCUGGAUUUGAAGUCUAUCGGCGGGAAGUCGCUACCCGAUCUUUCUACGAUUAAAAAAUCAACCCAUCUUCAAGGUCCAAAAGUUCUUCAGGUUGUUUCGGUAAGAGAUAUAUCUCAGAGCACUGUUGAGGCUUACUCUAAAAUUUCACACAGUAGGCGUCUUCUUCGAUUUGGUCUUACUGACGGACAUUCGGAAAUAGUGGCUAUAGAGUAUUCUUCCAUACCGUCGAUGAAAGACGAUAUUGCUCCCGGGACCAAGGUCCGUUUGGAAAACAAAGCGGCAGUGCAUAAUGGUAUAUUGUGUCUCAAUCCUAAAACAAUAGCUAUAUUAGGAGGACUUGUUCAAUCACUUUAUGAAGAAUGGGAGAUGAGUCAGAAAUAUUCAAGUUUCUCCCGCUCAUCCUUGAGGGUAUCUCAAAAAAUCGAAAUUGAUGGUCCACCUCCAUUUGAGAAGUUGCAAAUUGGGGCACAUCCCCAUCAGAUUGUUCAGCAGCAUAUUGCUUCAUAUCCUCCUGAGUCAACCUCGAAAGCGUCUGGCACUAGUGUUGUGAAAUUAGGUGGAUUUUCUUAUUCAAAGCAAGUGGUAAAGAAUCAGGUCUUUAAUGCCAAAGAAGAUGGGUUGGAUGGCAGCCUGAAAGCCCCUUCCAUAACUGGGAAAUCUGCAGAGAAGCCAAGUACUUCUGAAUCCAGGACCAAAGAAGUGGCUGAAGCUGUUCCUGUUCAAAAUCAAGCCGCUGCACAAAAACUCCUACAGAAAAUAAGUGAGCCAGCCCGUGAUGAUCGACGAUCUGGAGGUCGAAAACAUAGAGAGAAAGGGAAACAGGAAGAAUCAUCAGUUUUUACUCUUGAUGAAUGGGAGAGGAUGAAAAGGGGUAAUCCUGUAAUACGAAAUAAUGUUCAAGAUAUUAGCCAUGACGAGGAGCUUGCUUGGCAGCUUCAGGAUCAGUUGGAUUUGGAAGAUUGUCAUGUAAAAGGGGAUCCUGGAGCAGAGGCAGAGAAGAUUCGGAUGAGUAUGUUUAAUUAUGAUAGAGGAGAAGGUCGAAAUCAAUAUCAAAUGGGAUCUAGAGGAAGAGGAAGGGGAAGAGGAAGGGGGAGGGGGAGGGGGAGGAGAUAAAGUUGACCUGUUAUUCUUUUCUUUGUGUCCUUCAUUUGGACUUAUGUCUUCUCAUGUUGGCAGAUUCAUGGUUCCUAAAUUCCAAGUGCAUUACAGGCCAUAAGAGAGUUUUCCAUCUCCUUUUCUUGUAAUUUGAUAUUCUCUCAAGUGAAGGAUGCUUGAUUUUAAAACCCAGUUGAUUCAACAUCCAAGAUGGAGGCAAAGGAACUGAAUUCCGAUUGAAUGAUGAGUAAUGGACUAUAUUUGCAUUUUGUCAUGCAGGGAGUGGUUGUCAGUUACAUGAAACAUUUAUGUAUUUUUUGGCUACGUCUUCAUUGUUAAAGCAAUUGGACCAAUUCUAACCAAGAGCAGAUUUCCCUA